AUGCAAAGGGAACAACAGACGGAGGCUGCUGCAGAUCCAAUGUCCUCCUCUGAUGCACCAGAAGAUGGCCCAAAGGAAACGUCAAGUGUAUCGCAGAAUAUCUCUGAUGCAGAUGCAUUUAAAAUUCUCCUGGAGAUGAAGAUGAAGAAGAGGCAGAAAAAGCCUACUUUACCAAGUACUGUGACUGAGCUUGACACCGAGGAUGGUUCUAAAGUAUAUGUGGUUGGAACAGCCCACUUCAGCGACAGCAGCAAAAAGGAUGUAGUGAAGACAAUACAAGAGGUGCAGCCUGAUGUAGUUGUGGUGGAACUAUGCCAGUACAGGGUUUCGAUGUUAAAGAUGGAUGAAAAGACAUUGCUAAAAGAAGCCAAAGAAAUAAAUCUGGAAAAACUUCAACAAGCUAUAAAGCAGAAUGGAGUCAUGUCUGGAUUGAUGCAAAUGCUGCUUCUCAAGGUUUCUGCUCACAUCACAGAACAGCUGGGAAUGGCCCCAGGAGGAGAAUUCAGGGAGGCUUUCAAAGAGGCCAGUAAAGUACCUUUCUGUAAAUUCCAUCUUGGAGACCGACCCAUCCCUGUUACAUUUAAAAGAGCAAUUGCUGCACUUUCUUUCUGGCAAAAAGUCAAGCUUGCCUGGGGCCUUUGCUUCUUAUCUGACCCAAUCAGUAAAGAUGAUGUGGAGAAAUGCAAACAGAAGGAUUUACUGGAGCAGAUGAUGGCAGAAAUGAUUGGAGAAUUCCCUGAUCUUCAUCGAACGAUUGUCUCAGAACGAGAUAUUUACUUGACCUACAUGCUGAAGCAAGCAGCAAAGCAGAUAGAACUACCUCGCGCUUCAGAAACUGAACCUAGAAAAUAUAUCCCAGCUGUUGUAGUUGGUGUUGUUGGGAUGGGUCAUGUACCUGGAAUUGAAAAGAACUGGAACUCUGACUUAAACAUCCAGGAAAUAAUGAGUGUGCCUCCUCCAUCAGCUUCAAGUAAGAUUUUCAAAUUUGUUAUAAAAGCAACAGUUUUUGGACUGAUGGGAUAUGGCUGCUACCGAAUAGGUCAAAGGACAGUUCAGUUUAUUCUCUCGAUGCCAGCAGCACAGAGCUAUCUUCAGAAGCUAACAGAAAUAAGGUCUCGGCAUUGAACAUCGAGUGGAGGCACUAUGGGAAGAAGGUGGCUGAAAAAGGGUGAUAGAGGCAACAAAUGUGAACUGGACUGAAAGAAGAGCGGGGAUUCUAGUCAGAGGUGAUUGAUGCUGAGCAAAGCUGAAUCGCUGUAUAAUAAAAGAUUUGAUACUGAAGUUACACCAGCUAUGAUCUAAUGAAUAGGUUUGAUUCCUGGUAAGUGUGUUGCAUGAAACCACAUGAUUCCAGACUGAGGUAAAAGAAAUAUGUACACAAAUAUAUAUAUAUUAUAUAUAUGCAUACUGUAUAUAUAAUAUAUAUUACUGGUGAUGUAGUAGAGACAGCUUAAAGAGUGUA